CAAGUUUGUAUUAGACUGCACUCCCACGUUGCCUUGCUUUAUAUAAACUGAAGAAUGACUCGUUUUACUUUUAAAAUCUGAGAAACAUCACAUUCUUUCCUUCACCCUCAUUCGUCCCUCUCCCCUUCAUAACAAUGGAUCCUCCAUUUGAAGAGAAAUACAAAUCCCUCUUAACCAAUGGUACUCUAUUAUCAAAAGACAAGGAUGAUGUUAUAAUGAGUUAUUACGAGGAGCAUGAGCUGCCUAUCAUAGAUCUUCACCGUUUGACUCUCUCCUUCUCGGAAAGAGAGCAAUGUAUAAAAGAGAUAAGGCGGGCUGCACGUGAAUGGGGCUUCUUUCAAGUUGUGAAUCAUGGGAUUCCACAGGAGAUUUUGGAGCGCAUUCAACUGGAGCAAAGGAAGCUUUUCCAUCAUCCAUUCAGCAAAAAGGCUGAAGAAAACAUUUUGAAUUUGUCUGAAAACAAUGGUUACAGAUGGGGUAACCAUACAGCCACUUGUUUGAGGCAGAUAUCAUGGUCAGAGGCCUUCCACAUGCCUCUUACAGAUAUUUCAAAAAUUGGUGGUGACAACAAGAGUCUCAGAGAGAGCAUUGAAGCUUACGCAGCAACAGCUGAGAAAUUGGCUAAAGAGAUGACAGAGAUUCUAGCUGAGAAUCUGGAUGUUUCCUCCACUUACUUUCAAGAGAAUUGUCUGCCGGAAACUAAUUAUCUUCGAAUGAACAGAUAUCCUCCAUGUCCAUUCUAUUCUGAGGUGUUUGGCAUACUGCCUCAUACCGAUAGCUGUUUCGUCAAUGUAUUAAUUCAAGACCAGAUUGGAGGAUUGCAACUUUGGGUAAAUGGAGAAUGGAUUAGCGUUAAACCUCAUCCAGAAGCUCUACUAAUUAAUCUUGGUGACUUAUUUCAGGCAUUGAGCAAUGAUGUUUACAAAAGCAUUAGGCAUCGGGUGCUUGCCUCCAAACAAGUUGAAAGGCUUUCUUUGGCAUAUUUGUAUUGCCCCAGAAAUGAUGCUGUCAUAGAGAGUGGAAUGAAGCCAUCAAUUUAUAGGAAGUUCACAUUCGAAGAGUUGAUGAAGCAAAAUUCAAGGGACAUUGAAGAAACAGGCUGCAAACUCGGGAUCUCGAGGUUUCUCAUGUGAAUAUGAGCAUAUUGUGCAAGAACAUUUGAUCAGGACUGAAUAAAAUUUUCUUACUAGUGCUGCUAAAAAUAUUUAUCUGUCAUGAAACAAGAAUAGUAAAUAAAGGUGGGAAUGAGUCGCCUCAUGAACAAUUGUAACUUAAUUGAG